CGUUAGCUCCAGAUCCACCGUGAACCCGAAAUCCAGACCCGAAUUCCAAAGGGGGCAACAAAGUUUGACGUGGUGCACCAUUGCCAUUUUCAACGUACAGUAGAGUUAGCCUCACUUCGCUCCUUCUCUCUCCGCCCCGCCCGCCGGUUUUCUCAUCCGCCGCGGUUGCGUUACAGUCGGAGGUCCUAACUCCUAAGCUCCCCCGCCGUUUCUCUUCACCGUCACAUACGUUCCAGAAAUGAGGCUGUCUAAGGAGGAAGCGACAUGCAGCGCUGAGCCUGCUAGUACUUCGGUCAGAAGAGCGGAACCGCCGCUGGACCUAGUUUCAGCAGUCAAAGGACUACACACUCUUGGCUCUCAGGAGCUAAGCAGGUUAAUUAGAGAUGCUGAAAACAAUAUUCUUCGACAUAGUACUCAGAAUGGAUCAAGUGUUCAGGUUGAUUUGGAAAAACUCGCAAGACACCUCUCAUUGCACCUUAUUGCAGUGAUUAUGGCACGAGAAACAAAUGAAGCGCUGCUCAAAUACUUGUUAUCUGGAUUUCAACUGUUGCAUUCCCUGAGUGAUAUAGCUUCUCGGCAUCCUAAACUUGAACAGAUAUUGCUCGACGAUAUUAAAGUAUCGGAACAGCUACUUGACCUGGUCUUUUAUUCCCUAAUCAUACUAUGUACUUACUGUCAGAAAUUUCAGGUUUCAAAUGAUAUGGUUCUUUUGCAUUCAACUCUAGUUGCUUCUAGCCUAUACAUAUUGACAGUGUGUAUUUCUUCGCAAUGGCAUGAGCUAGCUCAAGUUUUUCUUGCAUACUAUAAGGUUGAUAUUUUCAUGGAUGCUGCUUUUGCUGCCCUCUGUGCGGAUAUGAAAUUUCUCCAGAGCAGGCUGUCAGUUGAACAUCCUGAUUCUUUUGCUGACUCUACUUCUAAAGCUGUAGAAAUACUGAAUCAUUUGUGCCAGCAGUGCGAGGCUUCUCUACAGUUUAUUCAGUCACUAUGUCAGCAAAAAGUGUUCCGUGAGCGCCUUCUUAAGAAUAAGGAGCUAUGCAGCAAUGGUGGUGUUCUUUUGCUGGCUCAAGCUGUUAUGAACUUAAAUAUAUCUCCUCUAUUCCUAGAGUCCUCAUCAAUUGUAGCUGCUGUCUCCAGGCUAAAAUCAAAAGUUUUGUCCAUUUUGUUGAACCUCUGUGAAGCAGAGAGUGUCUCUUAUUUGGAUGAGGUCGCCAGUACUCCAGCAAGCCUUGAUUUGGCAAAGUCUAUUGCUCUUAAGGUUCUUGAGUUAUUGAAGAACAUGUUUGAAAGGAAUCCCAAACAAUCUUGUGUUCUCUCUGAUAAAAGCUACCCAAGAGGACAAUUGCAACUCAAUGCAAUGCGGCUGGCUGACAUCUUCUCUGAUGAUUCAAACUUUCGGUCAUAUAUCACCACCCACUUUACUGAGGUCUUGACGGCCAUCUUUUCUCCCCCUCAUGGAGAAUUUCUGUCUAGUUGGUGUUCACCUGACCUUCCUGUUCGCGAGGAAGAUGCUACUCUAGAGUAUGACCCAUUUGCUGCUGCUGGGUGGCUGUUCAAUUUUUAUUCAUCCUAUCAGUUAAUUGGGGCUUCUUCAGAAUCAACGUUCAUUCCUAGCAAUGUGUCUAGAGUACCCUAUGGACAUCAGCGAACUUCACUGUUGGUCAAAAUUAUUGCAAACCUUCAUUGUUUUGUUCCAGAUAUCUGUAAAGAUGAUAAGGAUCUCUUCCUUAAAAAGUUUCAUGAGUGCUUGCAAAAUGAACCAACCAAAUCAGCGGUUGACAUUUCAUCUGUUUGUUAUGCUGAAAAAGUGGCUGUUAUUCGUAGAAACCUAGGUUCACUCCUGAGUCAUGCUGAAUCUUUAAUUCCUACUUUUCUAAAUGAAGAGGAUGUGCAACUUUUGAGGGUGUUCAUCACUCAGUUAGAGUCUCUGAUUGCUCCUGCUGAAAUUGGAGAAAACCGAGUUCAAGAGGCUCAAAGUGCAGUGGGAUGCUCGUUGUCUCAAUUGAGAAAUGGGGAUCCACCAGACCUUACUAACAAAAGUGGGGACAUCAGAGAAGAUAUAUUGGAUAUUUCAUCUCACCAAGAAGUGGACCAACUUGAAAUUAGUGGCAGUGGCUCAUGUAGGCCUGCUAAUGUGGAGAGUAGUAGUGUCAAGAAAGCUAGAUCUAUUCCGAGUGAAGCAAAAGUUAUUGUAGAAAUUGAGAAAGAAGCACAGAAUUUGGAAACAAAUGAAUCGGAUUCCAGCUCUAAGCGGGGGAAGAACCCUAAUAAUCAAGUGGACAAUGUAGAGCACAUCAAAGGAGGUUGGCUGGGAGAGGUGAGAGAUGAUGAAAUGGUUGAAAGUGCACAGCAUGAAGAGAGGCCACAAAGGAAAAGAAAGCGUACCAUAAUGAAUGAUAAACAAAUAACUAUUAUAGAGAAGGCCCUCAUUGUGGAACCUGAAAUGCAGCGAAAUAAAGCUUCUUUAGAAUUCUGGGCUGAUGAAUUAAGUGUUCACGGUUCUGAGGUUUCAAGAUCCCAGCUUAAAAAUUGGCUGAAUAACCGGAAAGCUAAGCUAGCUCGUGCUGUUAAGGAUGGAUGUAUGUCAUCUGAAGGAGACAAUCCAGAUAAGCAUGGUGGUACUGUCGUUAGCCAUACUUUUAAUUCUCAAGGCAAUUCCAUUGAGGGUGUAAAUGUCCUUUGCACAGAAAGAGGAAAUGCCCAAAAUACAAUUGAAGAUCCCACUGUGAGAGCUGCUGCUAAUGGAAAUCCAGGAACCUUAAUUGAAUCCUCCAAGUGCCAGCCAGGUCAAUAUGUUGUACUUGUAAAUGACAAAAAGGAAGAGAUUGGAAGAGGAAAGGUUUUUCAGGUCAGUGGUAAAUGGUUUGGGAAGGAUGUAGGGGAGCUGGGUACGUGUGUUGUGGACAUUAUUGAGCUUAAGGUUGAGAGGUUAUCUUGGGUUCCAUACCCAUCUGAAGUCACAGGCACCUCGUUUGAACAGGCUGAAAGAAAAUUUGGGUUCAUGAGAGUCUUGUGGGAUUCAACCAAACUAUUUGUGUUGCCCCGGUGAAUCACCACUCCUAUGUAUUGGAAGGGCACGCCAAAGUUGUUUGCAAAGUAAACUGAAGCUGGGUCCAAUGUUGUGGAGGGGAAUGCUUGUUAUACACAAAACCAUUCCGGUGCAGACACUGCAAAACAGAGAUUACUGCAAGCGUCUGAAGAUUGCCGGAGGAAAAUAUGCAGAAAGAAAGCAGAAGACGAGUCAUUUGGAGGGAGUCUUAGAAGCAGUUUACCAAGACGCUUGCUGGAGGAAAAUAUGCAGAAGAAAUGCCAGACGUCUUCAACACAAUGUUACUUCUGCAGGUGGCAUUCUCAAAAUACCCAAGGUUUUGGUUACACUAGACUCUGAUCCUAGGAGCCUCUAGAGCGCAUGGCUGCAGAUUUCAUGGAAUCAUGUAACUAAUUUUUCUUUUUCUUUUUCUUUGUGCAAAUUCAUUGAUGUCAAGAAGAAUGUUUUUUUUUUUCCAGUACAUAGACUAAUGAAGUACAAAUUUAUUUUCUU